GCUAAUUUAGCUUUAGAGCUGCUGAAGCUGGAAAGAGCCAGUGCAGACGUCACUCACACUCAUUACCUCAGUCAAAGGUAUGCUUCCUUGCAACAGUUCACAUCCCACCUUCAGGAAGUGUUGCGAGAACAGACAGUCCUACAAGAGAGACUCACAAAGCCACUUUGUCAGCAGAACCUGCCCAUUCAUGCUGAUCUUCACAGAUAUGUGGUAGAGCUUAUGGGGAUGGUGGUGGAGUUCAUUCAGAACUUGGAAGUGAAAAUUAAGAUGGUUCAAGCAAUUCCAAAAACUGACAGUUAUCGGAGUAAUUUGAACAGUGCCAUAACUCAACUGCUGGCUCAGGGCACUGAAGUCGAAAACCUGUACAAGCAAGUUCUUAAGCGACGAGGCCAUCUGCACACCAACAUUAAAGACAUGUCCAGUUGAUAAAGAAUUUCAUAAUAUUCAAAUAUAAAAUGACACCUACCAUUUGUUCAGGAUACUAGUGAAUAUUAAACGAAUAAAAAAUAACUAAAGCUCAAUGACUACUUUUACAGUUUGUAUACUGUAUCUUCAAACUAUAUAACAUUCAUGUUUUGUUUCAUAUUGUCUCUAUUUUGUGUACCUACUGGUUGCUGACACAGGCACAUUAGAGAAAACCGAUUUUGAUUUGUUUUAAUUCAUGGAUUACAUGCGUAUAUACUGCAGCAAUAUGUAAAUAUUGAGACAUGUUUAAUUUUA